GAGAGAGAGUUUCUAUUGAAUUUAUCUUUUUCCCCGCGUCGCCUUUGCCUCUCUGUCAAUUUGCCUUUUCUUCUUCAUCUAUCUCUCUCUUCCUUCAAAACCAAAAACCUUCAAAAUCAAAUCUUCCUAUUUCUCUCUGUAUCUGUCUGUUUCUCUCUCUCUCUCUGUCUUUCUUUCUCCAACACACACCCAAUCCAUCCCCCCAAAAAAAACUAAUACAACAAACAAACCCUAGAAAGAGGAAGAGAGAAGAUUGUUUAACAAUCAGGAAGAGAGAGAAAAACCAGGCACAUGCACCUCCUCCUAGCUACUUUGUUCGACUAGAAAAUACUGACGAUUUGUAUUUGAAGAAAAGAACAAGGAUGCGUCGGUGGCUUUGCUGUUCCUGUCAGGUAGAGGAGAAUUACCAAUCACAUGAAAAUGAGCACUUGAAGAGCCCCAAGCAUCAUACAGAUGGGCAUCAAAAAAACUCAAAGGUGGCAGCUCCCGCCAAACUUGAAGUGCAAAAAUCAGCACCACCUAUUGAAGUACCUGCAUUAUCAUUGGAAGAAUUGAAAGAAAAGACUGAUAUUUUUGGAUCAAAGGCUUUGAUUGGUGAGGGUUCCUAUGGGAGAGUUUAUUUUGCAAACUUGAACAAUGGAAAAGCUGUGGCUGUGAAAAAGCUUGAUGUUUCCUCUGAGCCUGAAACAAACGUGGAAUUUUUGACCCAGGUCUCAAUGGUUUCAAGAUUGAAGCAUGACAAUCUUGUCGAAUUGCAAGGUUACUGUGUUGAAGGAAAUCUCCGCGUGCUUGCAUAUGAGUUUGCGACGAUGGGAUCACUACAUGACAUAUUGCAUGGAAGGAAGGGAGUUCAAGGGGCACAACCAGGUCCGGUGCUUGACUGGAUGCAGCGGGUAAGAAUUGCAGUUGAUGCUGCAAGGGGUUUGGAAUACUUGCAUGAGAAGGCUCAACCCUCUGUUAUUCACAGAGAUAUUAGAUCUAGCAAUGUGCUUCUCUUCGAAGACUUCAAAGCAAAGAUUGCAGAUUUUAAUCUCUCAAACCAGGCUCCUGACAUGGCUGCUCGCCUUCAUUCUACUCGAGUUUUGGGGACCUUUGGCUAUCAUGCUCCAGAGUAUGCAAUGACUGGACAGUUGACACAGAAGAGUGAUGUGUAUAGCUUUGGGGUUGUCCUUCUAGAGCUUCUGACUGGGAGGAAACCUGUUGACCACACAAUGCCUCGUGGACAACAGAGUCUUGUUACUUGGGCUACUCCAAGACUGAGUGAAGACAAAGUUAAACAAUGUGUAGAUCCAAAACUGAAGGGAGAAUAUCCUCCCAAAGGAGUUGCUAAGCUGGCAGCUGUGGCAGCAUUGUGUGUGCAGUAUGAAGCUGAGUUCCGUCCAAACAUGAGCAUUGUUGUUAAGGCCCUCCAACCAUUGUUGAAGGCUCCAGCUCCAGCUCCAGCUCCAGCACCAGAGACUUAAAAGCAGAUGACUCCAGUUUCUUCACCUUUUCAUUGAAAUUUCUGCAGCCUACGCACAGUUUGGUUUCAUUUGACUGGCAGAUUUCAUCAGAUCACUAAAUAUUAUAUUUCUUCUUUCCAAUUUUUCAUAUAUGACAUGGAUGUCUAGGAUUGGGUUGGACUGUUAAAAUGUCGCUGAUAUGAUCUGUCUUUCGCUGGUUUGGACACGGGUGUUGAUGCCUUUUUUGAGUUGUAGUCAUAAAAUUGACCAAGGGAUUGAGUUGUGUGGUGGAUCUAAUGUUACCGAGUAUGGUUUGCUUCCUAUUUC